GUGGACAACCGGUCUGUAGUCGAACGUUGACCAACAACUCAACGUUGAGGACCGUCGUGAGCUUCGUAUACUCUGAAGACUUCCGUUGUCGGGCCUGUUGAACGAACAUACGAUUUAUUCGAGGCCAAUGCUCAUCUUACCUGCAGCCUCACUCGUGUACCUCAUCGUUGGGGGAGGCGACUUGUUCAAUACUGCACGCCACAGUUGUCUUUCUGACUUUUACUACGGUACAUAUGGACAGGAGAACGUCUUCAUCGCAAGUCAAGGUUGUUUUAACCAACUCGACCUCUCGUCGACGCGUCCUACAGUCUUACCCUUAGGACCGCGACCAUGGGACGAUUCCCUCCUCAUCUGGCUCAACCGCGUUGCUGUCGAUAACAGUAUUGCGUCUCAAUUCGAUCACGCAGAAUUGACAGACUUUUUCGGAGGACUCGUCGCGUCUGCUGAAUCACAGGAAGCUGCUGGACAGCAGGUCUUUGGAGUAGAAGAGGCCCAUCCUGAUAUAGUUGUGGAUAGUCCAUACAUGAAACCUAACAAUGCAUUCCUUAAGCUCAGCCCGCGCCUUCUUCCCAAGUUCGAGGAGAUACUUCCCAGGUUCUGGAAGUACACUAUCCUUCCCGAGACACCGUUCUCCAUGAUUCCGGUGCCGGAGCCUGCGGUUGACCGUGUUAGGAAAAUUCUUGACUCUGUCAAAUUCAAUCCCGUCGUUGCGUCGCUCGUAAACAACAUUUCCGUCCCGCAGAUGCAGCAAGACAUCCGUUUUCUCACUGGUGAAGACCCGAAGUCCGAGAUCGUUACUCGGCACUCCUUUUCUGACGGCAUUAAGAUCGCUGCCAACUGGAUCAAAGGUGUCAUUGACGGUACAGGUGCCAGUUGCGAACUAAAGCCUUUUCUUCCUGGCUUUGGACCUAAUAUUGUUUGCUCUUAUACACCUACCGUGGAGACCAAUGAGACAAUCUUGCUGAGCGCUCAUUACGAUAGCCGUGGGUCAUUUGGCAAUGUCCGUGCACCCGGAGGGGACGACGAUGGUAGUGGGACGACCGCUAUUAUUGCUAUCGCUCGCACCGUCGCUCGCAAAGGUGUAUCUUUCAAGAAGAAUGUGCAACUCUGCUUGUUCGCUGGGGAAGAGCAAGGUCUCUAUGGCUCACGUGCCUAUGCUCGUGAACUGCGUGCGCAGAAUGCGAACCUCACACUGAUGAUACAAGCCGAUAUGCUGGCUUACCAUGUUCCUGGUGAACCUCCUCAGCUCGGCUUGCCUGAUCUUAUUGGUACUACCGAGGUCACGCAACUGGUAGCAAACCUUUCUGCAAUCUACAGCCCAGAGCUCAAAGUUGGCUUCACUCCAGCUUGCUGCAGUGAUCAUCAGAGCUUCCAUGAGCAAGGUUUCCCCGCCAGUCAAGUGUUCGAACGUGCAGGACCAAUCGCGGAUCCCAUGUAUCACAACAGCGUUGAUCGACUGAACACGAAGGUGAUUUGAGCGACCGUCCUGGAUACGAUCUUGAACAGGUCAAGUCCAUCGCGAAGGUUCAGUUCGCUACGCUACUCCAUUCAGCCGGUUUCGAGUUGCCAGAGAGCGAUGACUAGAUGUCGCUGAACAGAUACCCGUGGAACUUUGGAUAUGGACAAUUUGUAUUCUUUGCUGAUAUCUUGUCGCACCCGGACGCGUCGAAUCUAGACCUUAUUAUGUCCUUGCAUGUGAAGUCUCCGAAGCUUGUGUUAAUUUCCGGUCCCAUCGUGCCCUCUAUUUCUUUUCAAGCUCCCUUCCAGGGGACCUCGACCCCUGCAAUGCCGCGAACCCUUCCCGGCAUCUCCUUUCCAUGUAAGUCCUAUUGCUCUCCCUAUAAUGUGCGUGGAUCUUACUCAUUUUCUGACCAAUCAGUUCUGUCGGGCUGUACUCGGAAAUACAAUUUCCGAGAUGUAUGGCAAAAACUCUCACAGCUUGCGGCUGCAUCAUAUGAUUAUGCACGAUGUUGUGGGGGGCAGCGUUGUGCCGGUUAGCGACCAGUUGCAUCAAGUGAUUUAGUUACUACUGAGUUACUGCAUAACCCAACAAGAACUCAACUCGGGCUGGUUCCACAAUUUCCGGGGUCCAAGUCAUGUGCAUGAGCACUAACCAAUCAGAACACACGCAGCUUGGAAUUGACAAUAACAAGAGCAAAACUCGUGUUGUAACAAAUUUAACAAAAUUUGAUUAAUCACGUGAACGCGUUCUCAUGUGCUGGGAUACUGGGACUCCGAAACUCCUUCGAGUUCGGACAUUCGGCCUCGAUGCAACCAGUGAUAACUUGGUUACAAAGUUACUGUGAUAACUCAAUCACUGGAUAAUCACUGGCACAACACUGGUGGGGGGUUGACAAAAAUCUUUGCAACGAAGAACACGAACUCUCGGAGUGGCUGUCCAGCCCCUUAGAGCUCGGAUCUUACUGCCUUUUUGCUGGAUGUUUCGAUUUCGUGUCUUGGGUGUUGGAAUGCAAACAGUAAGAAGUCGCC